UGUUUAAUAGUGCAGCCCAUAUGUGUGCUUCCGGUCAAUCACGUGCUUAUUCACGGCUGCUGUGAUCAAUAGUAGACACUGAUUGGCUCCUUGUCAGCAUUUCACUGCCUCCUAAUACAAACCUGUAUGUUUCCCCUGGAACAAGUGUUACUUCUUCGUGGCGUCUGUGAAUCAUGUGCAAGUGCAUCUGUUCACACUUCCACGAACCCAUGCUGACUUGUGACAACUGUGGUGAGGACAUUAUGUUGGAGGAGGACAUGAAGUCACACCUCCUUCUCAGCCACCUGGAAAAUGGCAUGCACUGCCCUCUGUGUUCCCUGUCUGGAGUGUCCUUCGAUGAACUCUGCUUCCACAUCAGCUCUGCUCAUGGAGAGAAACAGCACGGAGCGCAGGAUCAGGCUCACCUUACAGUGCCUUCAGGCUGCUUCUCUGCAGCAGACUCAGAUGGAACUAAGUGCAAAAAGCCCCAAACACCAGAGUCCUGCUCAGCAACUAGUGAAGCAACACCUACUUCUGCUUCUACUGUCACCACAGACUCAGAGAGACAGAAACAGAACCGUACAGUAGGAAGUGGGGGUCCAUCAGCUGCAGAGUCUGCACCCAUCACUUCCACUUUGACAGCACAGAUCCCUGACACAAGACAGAUAUCUGUCGGGGACUGUAAUGAGGACAGCAGUGAAACUAAACCUGAGCACAGUAAAGCCAAGCAGAAGCGACUGUCUUCACCAGGAAAAGAGAGUCUGUUCUCCUGCCCCAUGUGUGCACUGGUCUGCAGCAGCUGUUUCAUUCUACAGGAGCAUGUUGAGCUGCAUCUGCAGGAUCAGCACUCAGCUGAAGGGUCAGCACUGGAGGCGUGUUCACCAGCCAGGACAUCACCAUCAGCCAGAAGCCUCUCAGGAGAGAAAAGAUUUGAGUGCCCCAUGUGCCCUGUGGUCUGCAGUGACAGCUUCUCUCUGCAGGAACAUGUGGAACUGCAUUUAGAUGACAGAGCAGCGGUGAACUCUGCAGGGAGCCCUGGGUCAGACCUGAAGCUGGCCAGAUGGCUUCAGCAGGAGGAAGAGCAGAGGAGGAGGCAGGAGGAGGACCAGCAGGAGAGAGAGGAGUUCAAGAAGCUGCAGAGGCAGUUUGGAAUGGAUGGCAGAGGGGGCUACAGCAGACAGAUGGAGAGGACCAUGGAGAGAACUGUGGACAGGGGCCUCAUGAGCCCAGCGGAGUUUCACUGUGGGAGGGCCGAGAUGAUGGAAUCCCUGGCAUCAGGAAUCGAUGAUGGUAGAACCAGAACUCAGGGUGUGGUAACAGCAUUAUCUGAAUAUUACCAGACUGAUGGCAGAGACUGUGUCCAUGUGUGGCUGAGUGCUGACACUGACCACUACUGCUCCUCAGCCGGGGAUAAAGGCUGGGGCUGUGGAUACAGAAACUUCCAGAUGCUCCUCUCUGCUCUACACAGAAUAGAUGCAUAUGCUCCCUUCCUACAAGAGAAAGCGGUGCCAAGUAUCCCUCGGCUGCAGAGUCUGAUUGAGGAGGCUUGGAAAGAAGGGCUGGAUCCACAGGGAGCGUCCCACUUCAACCAGCGGCUGCAGGGAACACGAGCCUGGAUCGGAGCCACAGAGAUCUAUGCCCUCCUCACCUCUCUGGGAAUCAAUGCCCGCAUCAUUGACUUCCACCAGCCCACAGGCCCAGGGGACACCCACAUUCGGCUGUUUGACUGGGUGAAGCAGUACUUCCAGUCCAGCAGGAGCAGCAGACUGACACCCAGACUGAUCCGCACAUCCCUGCCCCCGCUCUACCUGCAGCACCAAGGUCCCCGCCGCUCUGUGGUGGGCUUGGAGCAGAGGAAGAACGGGAGCCUGUGCCUGCUGCUGCUGGAUCCUGGCACCUCAGCAUCACACACCAGGAAGCUGCUGAGCGGGAACAUCGUCUCAGCCAGUGUCCGUCAUAUCAGGAAGUUUCCUGGCAGCCUGAGGCACAAACAGUACCAGGUGGUGGCUGUGCAGGGCGUGUUGUCUGCUCAGGACAAACAGAUGAGCAUCUUGAACUCCAGGACAUUACGUGCUGAAAAGAUCCCAUGAACAGGAAUGCAUAUUUUUUAUCUCAGCUGUUGGUUUUUACUGUCAACAUGCAUUGAAUUGCUCACUUCAGGAACUAUUUCAUGUAGUCAUUUGUUUUGUUAUGUUUGUUUGUUAUGUUUUAUAAUGAAAUAAAUCUUUUAAUAAACUC